AUGAAGGUGCUUCUCGUUACCAGCCUGUCUGCCAUCGUGGCUUCGCUUUCAGUGCGUGCUGCGCCAACCAAUCCCCCAAAGGGUCAGCAGCCGGUCAGCUACUACUCUCUCGAAUAUCAAGAUAACCUAGUCAACACCGCAAACAAGAUCAAAGGCUCCGGACUCGAGUCUCACUAUGACCCUGAGCUUUACGUCUACCCGGAGAUGAUCGAGCCGGGACGUCUGUCAAUCGAUUGCGAUACUGAAGCCAUGAAACGCGAUCACUCCGACGUAGCCCAGCUCUACACGCCAAUCUCGCAGCAGCUGCCCCAUGAGAAUGCAUGGUGUGCCUACAAGACUGGGCAGGGAUACGUCGCCUCGCGCACGCAUUUUCCGGGCGUCACGGCUGAGAUGAUCCAGUGGUGGCUCUGGUGGCAUAGCGCUUCGUCUGAGCGGUACUCUCUUUGGCAUCCCUGGGCGCAUGUAAGCGUAUCUUCGAGCUACGCCAGCAAAUUCAAUGACUCGUCGCUCUCCAAUUUCGACAAGCUUGUCGGCUCGGUCCACGACAUCACUGAAAUAAUUGGAGAUACGUCAAUGGAUAUCUCCAUUCACUGGAAGAAUGGAAGCGUCUUUGGCCUGGACGAGAGCAAGUUCAAGGACGCGGGCAUCGUGGCUUGGGGGUUUGGUGAGAUCUAUGUGCCAAAAGGAGGCCCAUUGAAGGCGGUCGACAUGAUCCAUCUAUGGUAUCAGGUAGAGGAUGGGCUGGAGCAGAGGAGUCGCUACUUCCUGGCGAACAAUGUCCACCUCGAUAUCCCCGUGUUGGGUGAUCUCAUUCCAGUCGAUCAGCUCGGAGACCUCACAGGCUUCAAGAAUCUCAUUGUUGGCCGUCACCUUGCCCAUGAGCAGUUCACUCACGACCAGCAGGAAAUGACCCAUCUCGCCUCGAUCUUGCCGGGCGUGUACAAGGAGUUUGGGCCCAAAGCCAAGUAG